GCCAGGCCUGCAGUGAGGGCCUUGGUGUAUAGUUUCCCUUGGCCCCUGUAUCCUGAUCCUGCCUGCUUGAAUCCUGACUCUGCACGAACUCUGCCUGUACCGACCUCGGCUAUUCCUGACUACUCUUCCGCCUGCUCCUUGUACCUUGCUUGCCCGUUUGCUACCGACCCGGCCUGCCCGACUACGUUUAGUAUUGUUCUUAUUGUUAUCUGUUGGAGGUUUUGUUUGUUUGCACUGUGUUCAUGUUUGUGUUGUCCUUAAUAAAUUAUCUUGUUUACACGCUAUACCUGAA